AUGGGGAAAGUGGGAAAAAUGUUAACCAGCUUUAUAAACAUUUUGAUCAUUGCCACUAUAAUUUCUCCAGCAAAUGGAAGCCAGUUCACCAACCAUGCCUUCCAAGUUUCAGGGUUACGAAACUGCUCAUACUCUAUAGAGAUCGAAACCACAUGUGCCCCAUCAGCCGAAACCACUGAUCAUGUUAGUGCCAGAUUCAGCGACUCUGCUGGGAACUUGGUCAUAGCCAAGCAUCUCACGCACCCUAAGUUGGUGGUUGCUCCAAAACAUGGCUUGAAGAAACCAGGUGCUGCAUAUAAUGGGUUUGGGCGGUGCAGCAUUGACAUGUUCAGGGCAAGGGGCUCCUGCAUGAGCCACUGGGUGUGCUCUCUCUACCUCAAGAGAAUUGGAGCAGAUGGCUGGAGACCAGGUUGGGUGAAGGUGCUUCAUCAAAGGGACAGUGGUCUUGCAGUACCCAUCUCUUACACAUUUUACUUUAGGAAGUUUCUGCCAGAGAAUUUUGAAUCGUGA